AUGGGUGCCGCCUCAUGUAAAAGUUCAAAAUCAUCUCCGGAAAACCAACAAAAAGACGAUAAGAAGAAUAUCACUAUCGGCGUAUUUGGUCUUGAUGAUGCCGGUAAAACAUCGACAGUUAAAGCGAUCGAAGGAAACCCAACGGAUGAUGUUUCACCAACGAUUAGUUCAACUUCAACAAUGGUAACACAUCCAUUGAAUGGAAAAAAUGAUCGUAAUAAUAAAAAUAAUAAUCAGCAACGUAUACGAAUGAUUGAUGUCAGUGGUGAGAGAAAAUUUCGUCAAUAUUCAUGGUCACAAUAUUAUGAUGAAAUAUAUGGUUUAAUAUUUGUAAUUGAUGCAAGUGAACGAAAUCGAUUUCGUGAAAAUCAAGAAACUUUAGAAGAUUUACUUGAAAAUGAUAAACUUAAAGAUAAACCAAUUCUUAUUUUGGCAAAUAAACAAGAUCAAAAAGGAGCUAUUAGUAAUGAAAAUGAUUUAAAACGUAAACUUAAUAUUGAAAAAUUAAAAGCAAAACAUAAAAUUGAAUUAUGUACGGCAUUACCUCAAGAUGAUAAAAAUGAAGUAGAUGAAUCAAUUCGAAAAGGUUUUUCAUGGUUAAUUCGAACAAUUGAUGAUAAUUAUACAGAAUUAAAUUUACGUGUUAUAAAAGCAAAAAAUAAUCGAACAAAUAAAAAAUUUAAUCAAUUCGAAAGUGAUGAUGAUAGUGAUGAUAAAUAUUCAAAACAAAAAAAUACUAAUUAUACAACUAAAAAUACAGAUUAUCAUUCAAAAAUUACUUCUGAAAAACUUCCAAAUAUUUUUACAAAUAAAAAUAGAAUAAGAGCUGCUAGUGAUGAUGAUGAUGAUGAUGAUAAUGAUGUUAAAUCAUCGUCAAUCAAUGAUUUUAGUAAGAAAAAAAAACUAGUAGGUGGUAAUAAGAGUACUGAUAUGCUGAUGAAAAGAUCAGCUAGUAGCGAUCCAAAAGCAUUUCGAUCAACAUAUGAAUCAUUUCCUGAAGAAACUCCAUGGUCAACAUCAUCGACUCUUAAAUUAACAAAAAGUGAAGAUAUGUUACCAAAAUUUAAUACAAAAUCAUCAAUAACAAGUGAUACAAAACGACGAAAUAUGAGUCCACUCGUACAUGAUACGAAAUCUUAUACAAAUGGUUCAUUAUCAAAACGAGAUAAUGUUAGUGAUGAUGAAGAAGAUUAUUAUGGACAACAAAAAUCAAAAUUAACAAAUCGUUUUGAUAAUUCAUCUUUUUCAACAAAUAAAUUUUCUUCAAAUAUUAAAAAACCAUCAUCAAGUAUGUACGAUGAUGAUGAUGAUGAUAUAUAUAAUAAAACAAACAAUCGUCAUACAAUUACAACACCAAAAAAGCCAUAUAAUCGUCAUGAUGACGAUGAUGAUGAUGAUGAUGAAAAUAGUUAUUUAAAAACAUCAACAACAACUAAAACAAAUAAAAAUUAUGGUUUUGAUGAUAAUAAAAAUUAUCAUCGAUCAUAUGAUCGUUUAAAUCUUAAUAAUGAAUAUCGAGGGACAUUAUCAAAAACAACAAAUCAUACAAAAUACGAUGAUGAUGAUCAUCCAUCAUCAUCUUUAAGAAAAAAACCUAAUUCAAAAUUUGAAGAUAACGAUGAUGAUGAUGAUGAUAAUUCAAUAUCUAAACCUAUAACACGUUCUACCUAUAAUAAUGAUUAUUCAACAUCAAAACCAAUAAAUCGUUCAAAAUAUAAUGAUAAUGAUAAUCGUUGGUCAUCAUCAAAACAUGACGAUGAUGAUGAUUAUCCAUCUUCAUCUACAAAGGCAACAAAUCGUUCGAAAUUUGAAGAUAAUCAUUAUUCAUCAUCAAAAUCAACGACACAUUCAAAAUAUGAUAAUGAAGAUCGAUCAUUUUCAUCAUCGAAAUCAAUAUCACGUUCAAAAUAUGAAGAUGAUGAUUAUCCAAAUACGUCAAAAAAACCGAAUUAUUCAUCAUCUUACAAUAAUAAUAAUAAUAAUAAUUAUGGUAAUAGUACGUCUCGAUCUCGUUUUGAAGAUGAUGACUUUUUUACCUCAAACGGUGAGUCAAAUAAUGCCAAUCGAUUCCGAAAAAGAGUAGAUUAUGACAGUUAA